GGAGUACUAAAGUUUCUACUAAUUCUUAAACAUGCCUGGCAAGAUAUAAGUAUAGACUUUAUUAUAUAUUUAUUAUUAAAUAAUAACUAUAAUACUAUUCUAGUUAUAGUUAAUUAUCUAAUAAAGAUAAAGUACUUCCUCCCCUGUACUAGGAUAAUUAAUACUAAAGAAAUAGCUAAUCUAUACCUUAAGUAUAUCUAG